UCGAUACGCGCAUCGUGGAAACGCCCCCUCCAUUACUCGACGCUCGCUUCGAAGCCUCGGCAUAUCUCGUCACAUCACUGGUUCUGAGUGUUCGUUGGUAGAUCGACCGUUAACAAACCGAAGAAACGGCCACAGAAUCCAGGUGAGCUGCCCGCUGGAGCUGCUUGAUAUGAGCCGCAGGUGAUGGCAGGUUUGGGCACCAGGUUUGUAUCUGACGAGGCCAUGGAGGAGAGACUAGCAGCCAACUCCUGUUCGUCUGAACUGGACAGUCCCGGAGGUCUGAACCGGGGCCUCCUGGACUCCGGGGACGUCCUCUACCGGGAUCUGUCCAUGAUCGUCCCAGAAACACCCAGCCCUCAGCUCGGCCAGCGGAGGAGACGUCGUCGGAUCAUGGAGGAACGUUUCAGCCCGGCCGCAGCCGGAGAUUCUUCAGGACCAGAAGACACCAGCAGCAGCGAACGUGGUUUUAGACAUAAAUCCAAACGGAAGAAGCUGACGGAGCGCAACGUCGACUUCGUUCCAGCUUCAUCUCUCAGGACUUUUCCUCUGGGCAGCUGGUUGGAGGCUCCACAGUCUUCUGCACCCUCUUCCUCCUCCUCUUCUUCUUCUUCUUCUUCUUCUUCAUCUGCCUCCUCCUCCUCCUACCUCACACCGGUAUCAGUCCUCCACCAACCUUCUGCGGCGGUGGCAGGGUCCAGCUCUGACUCUCUUUCCUUCCUGACUGCAGAGGAGAGACGAUGGCUGAACGGUGAACAAGGACACACUUCGACAGCAUCGGAGUGCAUCGUCAUCAGCGACGAUGAGGACGGAGCCGUUCGUCUGCUGCAGAUUGAGGAAGACGAGGCGUUGGCUCGGAGCCUGCAGGCUCAGUUUGACCAAGAGGAGUCCGAGUCCCACAGCAGACCUCAUCAUCACCAUCAUCAUCCUCAGGACCAGCACAUGUAUUAUUCCUACAUGGAGCCCAGCUGGAUGUUUCAGGUCCUGGCAGCUGUUUCUCCUGUGGUCGGCUUCGGAGACGAUCUGAUUGGUGGAGAGAGGCGACGUGGGCGGGGCCAGAGGAGGAACACCACACCGGACUUCUCAGACGACGUUGAGGGAAACGACUACGAGGCUCUUCUGGAGUUCGAGGAGCGUCAAGGCGCCGUCGUGUCCAAGAAGCUCAGCUGGAGGGAAAUCCAGAGGUUUCCCACCAAAACGUUCCAGUCCUCCAGCAGCGCCGGGAACUCCCAGUGUCAGAUCUGUUUCUGUGAUUACACCGACGGAGAGAAGCUCAGGAUGAUGCCCUGUUUCCAUGACUACCACGUCCAGUGUAUCGACCGAUGGCUGAAGGACAACACCACCUGUCCGAUCUGCAGAGCUAACCUGGCGGACGGAGAAUCUCUGGAACCCCAAAACCUCUGAUCCAGCGUUUUAUACCGAACAAACGAUCUGUGUCUUCCUGAGUUACUUGAAUUUUACUGUUUGACGAAUGAAACGUCAUCUUUGUUUUUAUUUCUUGUUUUUAAUGCUUUUAUUUAAAUGCUGUCCUCGGUGACCAUCUGACUUCAGGAAUAAAACGAUAAAAAUGUGUAGCUGCUGUGGUGUUUUGGGAGGACGGCGGUGGCGGUCUGCUGCUCAGUGUCGCUGAGAUACAUUUGCAAUAAAUAACCAGGUUUUAUUUC